GCAUCAUCCCGUGGAAUGCUGUACCUGGCAAAGCCUGCGGCCCGAUUUUAGAGAACAUCUGCAACACGAACGAGUUCUACAUGUCUUACCACCUGUUCAUUGUGGCUUGUGCUGGAGCUGGUGCCACUGUCAUAGCAUUGAUCCACUUCCUCAUGAUACUGUCUUCUAACUGGGCCUACUUAAAGGAUGCGAGCAAAAUGCAGGCCUACCAAGAUAUCAAAGCAAAAGAAGAGCAGGAGCUUCAGGAUAUCCAGUCUCGGUCAAAAGAGCAACUCAAUUCUUACACAUAAAUGUUUUUGCCACAGUAAUUCAGCAGAAGAGUUCUGUAGCUCUUGACAAAUCAGCAAAUACCUGCUCCGCAGUACAGAUGUGUGUUCUACCAAACAAAAUUUAGAGAGAAGUUGCAAAAGCUUCACAUUCCAGCUCCUGGAGCACAUUCGUAGGGAAUGGGUAAUCUUCCAUCCUUUCAUACAGAGAAUGGAGGUUUUAGUCCAGGCAUUUU